AUGACCAGAGGAAAGAAGACCAUAGGAAGGCCCAGAGGAAGCAAAACCAGAGGAAACCAGACCAGAGGGAACAAGCGGUCCAGGCAUGAUUCGAAGACCCCGUUGGACGAGAUCCACGUUUCAAGCGGAGGUUCGCCAGGUGCGUCCAACAAGAAGCAGGCCGCUGGUUCUCCUCCUCAGGUCGCCACUCCUCCCCGCUCCUCGGAGCCCCCUGCUGUUCCUCUCGAAUUGGAAUUCUUGGUUAGAGGAGACCACGACAAGCGCAUCUCCUCGAACGAGCGAGCCAGAAGACGUCAGAUCCAGGACGACAUCGACUGGCUCGGCAAGUGGCUCCUAGAGUAUGCUUACCACCAAAUCAAGAAAGAGCAGGGGCUAUAUCCCGAAGGGCCGGUCGAGGUCGCGGAUGAUUUAGGUGCGUCUAGUUUUUGGUGGCGCGAAGCCAUUGGUACUAUCUCCAAGGAGGACGUUAAGGAGCAGUUUCGUGUGCUCGAAAGGCAAUUACACGAAGCUCCCGAUAAGGUGUUUGUGCAAGCCAUGUUUGGUUGGACCAGCUACCAGAUGUGGAAGGAUGGUCGCAACAUUCAGGUCAUCAAGGGUCAGGCUGGGGUCUGGAGCCACGUGCAAGGCGUGGAUAUCGAGGAUGAGUAUUGGCAGAUGCUUCGACAGGGGUUCCGUGAGUAG